UUUUACCGGCACUGCUGUUACUGGAACACCACAUUUGGUUGCGUCCGAUUCUGAUCACGAUUCGCAAAUGGUGAUCCCUUUAUAUACGGACCAACAAAUUCAGCAAAUGAGACUGGCCUAUGCCGUAUUAUACAUGUGUUUUACGGGAUUGUGCACUGUCGGCAGUACGUUUAACUUGUGUAUUUUGACGUGUACACACUACAAACGGCAUACAUCGCUGCGAUGCUACAUGCUUACCACCAGCAUUGCGGACCUCAUGGCACUAUGGCUAGGCGCUCCUCGUCAGAUAUUCCGCCUCAGUUCCAUAUUCAAAACAGAACUAGGCGCAUGGGUAGAACUGAAUCAAGACGGCAUCCAAGCUGCGAAUUGUCUGCUACAAGGAGGGCAGUUGACCUUUAUGUAUUUAUCUGACUGGAUACUUGUGGUGUUUGCAAUGGAACGACUGUUAAUUCUUGUCAGCCCUUUCCGAUUCGGAUUCCUCCAACGGCCUACUGCAGCACGAACAAUUGUUGCCAUUCUCACUGUCGUGUCCCUGUUGUAUUCUCUGUUUCUUUACGUCCAAGGUUUCGUGGCGUUUACAGUGUCGGAUUGGCCCAAAUGGAUACUAACCUGGUCAAACAUACAGCGCGUGGCAGACAUUGUUUCGGUUCCGGUGACGUUUUUCCUUAUCCUUCUUCCAAGCGCUGCGCUGAUUAUAUUCCUCGCACAUCAGAGAAAAUCCGAGAUCAGCCAUUUACGCGUGCAUGGGAGCAGUACCUCAAAUGGAAGCAGUAAAACGUCAACAGCAUAUUCCAGUCCUGCAAAUACAAAGCGUAACACCCGUUCACAGACCGGGACAAAUCUGAUCUUACUUGGCAGCGCGACCUUUUAUACCCUAACCCGGUUUCCGUUUGUCGUCUUCCUGUUCCUAGAUCCCGCCGAUUACGUGGACCAGUCACCUUUUAUGUUUUCUCUGCCACUCUUCAACCUGGCCAUAUAUUCAGCCUACACUUUCACGUUUUUCGUUUACGUCGUAAGUGAUGAACAGUUUCGACAGCAUUUUGUCAAACUGAUCGUGCAGCCAAUAUUAGCCCACUGCACUCGCUGCCGGCAGCGCCGUACUGGAGACUCCAAUGGUCGUUCUUCUUCUGGAAAUAAGCGCUAUCACAAAGUGCCACCAAUGUCACCUUUAACAAGCAAAGCGCUUUUGACUCCAGUUUCCUCUGUCUGAGAGUUCACAAACAGAGUUUCUGAUUGCAUCUUUUUAACAAAGAAAGGUCAAACCGUUGGUAUGUAAAUUGUCCACUGUUGAUUGGUGGAAAGUAGUCUGUAUGUCAUAAAAUCGAUCAUUGAUUACCUUUCGGUUGCAUUGGUUCUCGAUAUAGUAUUUGUAUAUAACAUACGGUAUCUGCAGUGAUUCUGCACUUAAAA